UCCGCGCUCGCGAAGGUGGCGCGUUCUACCCCACGGGCCCGGAGCGCGCGCCUGACCACCUCUGCCCGGAUGGACUCCGAGACCGCUACCCAGGCGCCGACCCAGCGCUACUUCACGUGGGACGAGGUGGCGCAGCGCUCCGGGCACGCGGCGGAGCGGUGGCUCGUGAUCGACCGGAAAGUAUACAACAUCAGCGAGUUCUGCCGGCGGCACCCCGGGGGCUCCCGGGUCAUCAGCCACUACGCGGGGCAGGAUGCUACGGAUCCCUUUGUGGCGUUCCACAUCGACAAGGGGCUUGUGAGGAAGUAUAUGAACUCUCUCCUGAUUGGAGAACUGUCUCCAGAGCAGCCCAGCUUUGAGCCCACUAAAAAUAAGGAGCUGAUUGAUGAGUUCCGAGAGCUUCGGGCCACAGUGGAGCGGAUGGGGCUCAUGAAGGCCAACCAUGUGUUCUUCCUGUUGUACCUACUACACAUCCUGCUGCUGGACGUAGCUGCCUGGCUCACUCUUUGGGUCUUUGGGACAUCCCUUGUGCCCUUCCUCCUCUGUGCAGUGCUGCUCAGCACGGUUCAAGCCCAGGCCGGCUGGCUGCAGCAUGACUUUGGGCACCUGUCUGUCUUCAGCACCUCCACCUGGAACCACCUGCUACAUCAUUUUGUGAUUGGCCACCUGAAGGGGGCCCCUGCCAGUUGGUGGAACCACAUGCACUUCCAGCACCAUGCCAAGCCCAACUGUUUCGGCAAAGACCCAGACAUCAACAUGCACCCCCUCUUCUUCGCCUUGGGGAAGAUCCUCUCUGUGGAGCUUGGGAAAAAGAAGAAAAAGUACAUGCCAUACAACCACCAGCACAAAUACUUCUUCCUGAUUGGGCCCCCAGCCUUGCUGCCUCUCUACUUCCAGUGGUAUAUUUUCUAUUUUGUUAUCCAGCGGAAGAAGUGGGUGGACUUGGCCUGGAUGAUCACCUUCUACGCCCGCCUCUUCCUCACCUACGGGCCGUUUUUGGGACUGAAAGGCGUCCUGGGCCUUUUCUUCCUGGUCAGGUUUCUGGAAAGCCACUGGUUUGUGUGGGUCACACAGAUGAACCAUAUCCCCAUGCGCAUUGAUCGCGACCGGAACAUGGACUGGGUCUCCAUCCAGCUCCACGCAACAUGCAAUGUCCACAAGUCUGCCUUCAAUGACUGGUUCAGUGGACAUCUCAACUUCCAAAUUGAGCACCAUCUUUUCCCCACGAUGCCUCGACACAAUUACCAUAAAGUGGCUCCCCUGGUGCAGUCCCUGUGUGCCAAGCACGGCAUAGAGUACCAGUCCAAGCCCCUGCUCGCAGCCUUCGCCGACAUUAUCUACUCACUGAAGGAGUCUGGGCAGCUCUGGCUAGAUGCCUAUCUUCACCAGUAACACCCCCCCACCCCAAAUCUGGAAGAGAUGCCUGUCUUCACUGAUAAUACCAGCC